AAUAAAUUAAAUAAAGAACGCGGAAUUUCACGUAUUUUUUUCUUACAAGCAUUUUUUUUUCGUAAUGACAACUUUUAAGUUUUCUGACAUUGAGGCGUUUUUGGAUAGCCACCCGGAUCUCGUUGAGGAAUAUCUUAUCCGCAAGGGAAAAUGCGACACAUUGAGCAGAUGGCUAAAGGAGCAUCAACCAUCCAAAACCUCUUCAGGGGAAGAAAAGCGAGAGGUCGCCAAAGACCCUCUUCGGCCCUCAAAUCCCGAAGGACUGAAACGUCGGGCGUCCCAUAUGGAGCUGCGGCAGAACUUCGCCCGGUCCAAACAGAUGACGGCGCACCUAACCUACGACGAGCACGUCAGUCUUUCCGCUCACGAAUCGCACUCCAGCGUGAGACGCCGCGCGCUUCUGCGGAAAGCCAGUUCCUUGCCCCCGACAACGGCGCACAUCCUGAGAGCCUUGCUCGAGUCCAGGGUCAGUGUGCCACAGUACGCCUCCAGCGCUAUCGACUACAAAUACAGGCUCAAGCAGUCGAACGAGAGAGAGUUCUUUCUCGAGUUGGUCAAAGACAUUUCAAAUGAACUCGACAUGACAAACCUUAGCUACAAGAUCCUUUUUAACGUGUGCAUAAUGGUGAAUGCGGACAGGUGUUCGCUGUUUCUGGUAGAGGGACCCUCUCACAAGAAAACGCUCGUGUCCUAGUUUUUUAAUGUGCACUUGGGAACCAUAGCGCGACCGUCCUCAAAUACCCUGAACUCCAACGAGGUGCAGGUCCAGUGGAGAAAGGGCAUCAUAGGCUAUGUUGCAGAGCACGGCGAGACUGUCAACAUCCCAAACGCGUACGAGGACCAUCGUUUUAGCGAUGAGAUUGACAAGCUGACAGGUUACAAGACUCAGUCAGUCCUGUGCACGGCCAUUUGUAACAGUGAUGGGGAGGUCAUCGGAGUAGUGCAGGCCAUCAACAAAAAGCCCCCCGGAACUCCUUUCACCGAAGAUGAUGAAAGGGUGCUUCAAAUGUAUCUCCCCUUCUGUGGAAUAUCGAUCUCCAACGCCAAGCUCUUCUCCGAGUCCCGCCGAGAGUAUGACAGAAGCAGGGCUCUUCUGGAGGUGGUGAAUGAUCUGUUUGAGGAGCAGACAGACCUGGAGAAGAUUGUGAGGAAGAUCAUGCAGCGAGCACUGAAGCUGCUGCAGUGUGAGCGCUGCUCCGUGCUACUGCUCGAGGACAUCCACUCGCCCGUGGUGAAGUUCUCUAAGACCUUUGAGCUCAUGUCUCCACUGUGCAGUGAGGAUCAGGAGAUAAGCAUGGAAAAGGUGUCAUGUUCUGAUUGGCUGAUCAAUAACAGUAUUGCUGAGCUGGUGGCAUCCACAGGCCUGCCCGUCAACAUCAGUGAUGUGUGUCAGGAUCCACGCUUUGAUGCUGAGGCUGACCAGGCUUCAGGUUUUCAUCUCAGAUCAGUGCUGUGUGUCCCUAUUUGGAACAGAACCCAUCAAAUAAUUGGUGUUGCCCAGAUUCUUAAUCGCUUGGACAGGAAGGCAUUCAACAAUGCAGAUCAAAGGCUGUUUGAGGCCUUCGUUAUCUUCUGUGGCCUUGGUAUUAACAACACAAUGAUGUACAACCAAGCAGAGAAGACCUGGGCUAAGCAGUCUGUAGCACUGGAUAUGCUGUCUUAUCAUGCUACAUGCUCAAAGGUGGAGGUGGCUCAGCUCAAGGCUGCCAAGAUCCCCUUGAGCAGUGAGCUGGGCAUUGACGAGUUCCACUUUAAUGACUUUUCGCUCGACAAUGAUGGCAUGAUCACUGCCUCCCUGCGGAUGUUCCUGGAGCUUGGGGUCGUGCAGAAAUUCAAAAUUGAUUACGAGGUGCUGUACCGCUGGUUGCUCACCGUGAGGAAGAACUACCGCACUGUGGUGUACCACAACUGGAGGCACGCCUUUAAUGUCGCCCAGUGCAUGUACCUCAUGAUCACAACUGCAGGGUUCCAGGAUGUUCUGACGGACACAGAGACUCUGGCACUGAUGGUGGGGUGUCUCUGCCAUGAUCUGGAUCACCGUGGGACUAACAAUGCCUUUCAGGCCAAGUCAGGAUCCGCACUAGCACUGCUGUAUGGAACGUCAGCCACCCUUGAGCAUCACCACUUCAACCACGCUGUCAUGAUCCUACAGAGUGAGGGUCAUAACAUUUUUGCCAACCUCUCCUCUAAAGAGUACAGCCAUAUGAUGCGGCUCCUAAAGCAGGCGAUUCUGUCCACAGAUCUCACCCUGUAUUUCCAAAAAAGAACAAAGUUUUUUAAGUGGGUGCUGUCUGGGGAGUUCAGCUGGUCAAAUCAAGAGCACAGAGACAUCUUACGGUCUAUGCUGAUGACAGCAUGUGACUUGGGUGCAGUGACUCGACCAUGGGACAUCUCUAAACAGGUGGCAGAGUUGGUGACCAGCGAGUUCUUUGAACAGAGUGACAGGGAAAGGCCUAAGCUGAAGCUGACACCAUCUGCAAUUUUUGACCACAACCGUAAAGACGAACUUCCUUCCCUUCAGCUGGAGUGGAUUGAUGGGAUUUGUAAGCCACUAUAUGAGGCUUUGGUGAAGUUGAAUAGGAAGCUCCAGCCAAUGGUAGAUGGGAUAGAUGCGAAUCGCAAGAAGUGGGAGGAACUCUGUCUGUCCUAUCAGCGAGCAUGGCAUGCCUUGGAACCCACCAAUCCUGGUCCAGAGGCAAGAGAAGAAAAAGAAUCCCAUCAAAGCACACAAUCUGUCGUGAGAUCAGAGACAUAUGAAACUUCAGUGACUAUUUAAAAUAAAGAGACCACCCACAGACUGGAACUGGAACUAGAGUCAAAUCAAACCACGUCUAAUCAAAAGUCAUCAUCAAUCGCAAUUGGUCAAAAAUAAGGGAAAAUGAAUUGAAAAAUGGAGAACAUUCUGCUUUUAGUCUGUAAAAUGGAAAAUCACAAAAUCAUUGCUUUGUAAUAUCUAAAAUGUUGAAAGCAUCAAAACCAAACACAACUCUGCAACAAAGCAAUAAAAUUGAAACAUUACUUGGUUUAUUCAUCAUAAUGGAGCAACCUUGCUUACUGGUUCAUAUGACAGUACUAAUUAAUGCCACUUACGUACCCUUGUCAAAAGCACAGAUGUUCUACAAUGAUGUGUUAGUCAGGAGACUUGUGGACUGCUUUUGGACUGUAGUUGUGAUGCUCUCUAGUUCUGUAGUCUUCUGUUUGUCUGUGUGUUGCUCUGUGGUGACUAGAUUGUUUCUAUUGCAUCAGUGAAAAUGCAAAAAUGAACUACAUCUAAUCACUGACACCAUAAUGGAUAAUGGUAUGGCUAAACUAUAUUUGAUCAUAAUGUGUGAAGAAGUUCAGGUCACAAGUCUGCCUGAAUAGAUAAUACUGUGAUCCUAAAUUAAAUUGAAUGUGUGAAUUGAUAUCACUGUGAUUUUAUGCCACUUGUUCAUUACAACACUCAAAGAAAGUUCUGCUAAUGUUUCAACGGUUGUUCAGUGUAUUGCCUUUUACCCAGUGUCACUACAUAUGAACUUUCAUCACAUUCAUAAUGCCUUUAUUCAUUUUCCUGCAUAGCCAAUACAACUACAAACAGUGCCAAUUCUACAACAUGGCAACUAUAUAAUGUAUUAUAUAUUCUGUAUGUUUGUUUUUAGUGUCCUCUGUUAAGAUUAAGAUUAUUGUAUCUUAACAUAUAUGCUUUAUGCGGAGCUCAGAUGGACCACACUGAGCCCCUUUGUUUUUCAAAUACUCAGUCUCAUAAUCGCACCUUGUUUAGUGUUCCGGUCUCACGUGUGCAUCCCGUCCUAAAACAACGUGUGCUAGGCAGACCGCUGAGUGAACCACAAGGCAAACCAAAGUAAAAUGCAGCCUUGCUAAGCUGAAUCUACAUAACAGUUUGUUCUCAUGUAAUUAGGCAUUAUCAGCCUGUAAUCCACAGCUGUUAAGAUGUGUUGAGCUGUAUGGCUUUUUUUUUUCUGUGGAAUCACUGUAACCAGAAGUGGAAUCUCUCAGCAUUGCAAGUUGCUCUGCGCUGCUUCUGGCUUUGAAUGGGAAAUGUGAAACUUCAGGUUGUCUUGUGACUGACCAGCAUGCAUACAGCUACCUUGUGUGCCCUGUCACUUGUGCACCAUAUUUUAAAAAUGAUUGGUGUCAUCAUUAAUAUUCGUAUUUUUUUUGCAUUUAUCAUCUUUGACAUUUAGAAAAGAGUUUAUAUUCAUAUUGUGAGGUCUGGGUGGGAAUAAAGCUUUUUAUCAUUUAUUAGCUACUCUGAAACUUGUAUAAUGUUGAUACAACAUUUUUGUGUCUCUAUACAGGACCGAUGUUCCUUCUCC